AUGACGGGGAAGCGGCCGCCAGGGCCCCUGGACCCUGUGAUAUACAACAAGUUGGCCAUCCUCGAGGCAGAUGCUGUGCACAGGCCCCCCCCGGGGAUCUGCAAGUCGGGCUCCCUGCCUGGCCCGGGCACCGAGGGCCACCUGGGUUACAAGGGAACGUAUUUCACCUACCCUGUGGGCAGCCCCGAGGUGGGCCCAGACACGCUGGCCGGAUGGAACCCCCACAUAGCCUCCUUUGGGGGCGUGAUGGCUGGGCCGCCCCUCAGGGCAGACGGCAUGCUCAUGAACUGUCUCUUGUACCAGCGGGAGGCGGAGAGCGUUCAGCCUGUGGAAAAGAGCCGGGACCACGCAAUGAGGAACCUGCUCCUGGCCCAAGAGAAGUGGACAGGACAUCUGGACCACCGCGACCCGCUUCUCCAUGCCACCCGGGGUUCCCCAUACCUGGGCAUGAAGGGUCCGGGGCCACCAGGCUGUGCCCCCCUGGCAGCCCCCAAGCCUGUAUACCGGAACCCCAUGUGUUAUGUGGACCCGGGCUAUGGGCCACCAUCGUGUUUGGCGCUAGGAGCUCCGGGGACUGAAAGUGGGACCAAGCGGCCACUGGACACGGACUGGACACUUGCUGCACCCUUAUUGCCUCAGGGCAACCCCCACUGCUCCAUGGCCUCAGCGCCCAGCAAGACUCAGCACCUGGAGGCUACCUUCCUGCCUUUGCCUCAAACCGGGGCAGUAGGCAAGGAGUCGGCGGGCAACAUUUCCUCCUACCAGGUAGCCUUGGACAAGUACCGUGCCAUCCGGAGUGCCCUCUUCCUAGAUUCCAAAUACCCCCCGCCUCCGCCAUAUGGAGGACACAAGAAGGCAGCUGAGGGGCUCCCAGGCUCCUGGACGAAGCUUCCACAACCUCCGGUACCCCCCUACCAGGAGCGGGCACCCUCCCACUACCCGAUGGCACUGCAUGAGCAGCCUCUGCUGUACCCACCAGGAUACCCACCCCCAGAGAAGCCCAACAGCUCUGCUCUUUCCCUGCAAUCUCCUAACCCCUACAAGGGUUUCAGCUUUGGGGGAAGCGGGCUGCCAGGCACCUACCCACGCCAGCAGACACCCCGUGGGCCCUGUGUCCCCUCUUCCAAGCUGGAAAGCUGUGCCUACCCCACAGGCCCCAUUCAGGUGAGCUCCCCUGGCCUGAAAGCUGGGACGGCUUCCUCCCACGAGCCCGAGCCACCGGCUACCCCCAAAUGCCAGUUAGACUUCUUCUCCCAGACGCCAGGGUAUGCCUUUGCUCCUCGGGACAACCUGUCCCUUUACGGUACGGCCCUGGGGGCCGGCGGGAUGUCGCCUGCCCACGAUGCUGCCCGGGGCAAGCUAGGAGCUAACCAGCACAGCGCCUUCCAGCUUGUGUGUCAGCACUCGGGGAGUGGAGGGCCAAGUGUGAACCCCGGAUCCCAUGGGGAGCCUUCUUGCCCCGUCUCCCGCCCCGGGAAAGCUGAGAAGCCCAGGCAAGAGUCUGAGGAGAAGAAGUGGUUGUAUAGCUUUGGGAAAGAGGAAACCAGACCCAGGCCUGGGCUGGAAGACCAUCCCUCGACACCUAUUGUCAUUCCUGACAGUCCUGCCCCAAAGACUCCUCCACCUGGCCCAGGCUCGAGCAUCGCGGUGCCUUCCCCCAAGGAGGGCCCGCAGGAGGCGCCUUCCCCCAAGGAGUGCCUGCAGGACCUCCAGCAGACCGAGGGCACCGCACCUCCCCGCUCCCCUCCCAUGCCCAUCAUCAACAACGUCUUCAGCUUGGCGCCCUACAGGGACUACCUGGACAAUCGAUGCGAGAAGGUGCCUGACCUCCCUCUGCCCAAGGCUCAACCCCUAAGCACCACGUGCUCCUUGGAGCCCUGUCCGGCUGCGGCCUCGGAAGCCUACAGUGAGCUGCCCAAGGAAGCAGAGAGCAAAGAUGGACAAGAGGAGGAGAGCCAAGAACCCCUGCUGCUUCCGUGCGGGGAGCCCCCGGAGGAGCCGGAGACUGAGCCUAGCAGCCAGUCCCCUCUCAAGGAGGAAAUGGCACUGGAUUUGAGCCUCAAGAAACAAAUGGUGGAGCUGUCCAAUGGGGCUCUGAGCCAGGAGGUGCCCACUGAGCCUGUGCCAUCCUCAUAUGUGGCAGAACCUAACAAGACUGUCCAGGAGGAGCAGUCCAGGCUUCCUGCUCCCCCUCCCCUGGUACCUUCCAUGGUCGAGACUAUCCCAAGGACUAGCUUCCACAGUUCUGUGGCCUUCAUGUUCCGCAAGUUCAAGAUUCUCCCGCCAACACCUCUGGUCACCAUUGCCUCUGCCCCUAACCCUAACCCUGCCCCUGCUCUCACCUCUGCUCCUGCCCCUGCCCCUGCCCCCACCUCUGCCCCUGCCCCUGCCUCUGCUCCUGCCCCUGCCCCUACCCCUGUUCCUGCCCCUGCUCCUGCUCCCACCUCUGCCCCUGCCCCUGCCUCUGCCCCUGUUCCUGCCCCUGCCCAAUCGCCGACACCCCCCACGCCGCCUGCUGCGUCUGAGCCAGCCCCCGCGGCGGGCAAGGCCAGCAGAGGCUGGGAGCCUGCACCCCCGAAAGUGGGCAGCACCGAGCAACGUUUCACGGGCCUCCAUAUGUCUUUGUGUGAUGCCAUCUCUGGCUUCGUGGCCCAUACCUCGCCAGAACAGCUCCGGGAAUGGCUAGAGGAGAGCAGGCCCCGGGCCGCUGAGGGACGAGCCCGGGACACGUGGCUGAGCUGUGUGGGGGUGAAGGGGCUCCUGGCAGAGCUGCUGGCCCAGCUGGAGACGUUCCUUUUCACCCACAGGUGCCCCUUCCCCCAUGUGGUGCGUGCGGGCGCCAUCUUUGUCCCCAUCUACCUGGUCAAAGAAAAGUUGUUCCCCCGUUUACCCGGGUCCUCGGUGGACCACGUGCUCCAGGAACAUCGAGUUGAGCUUCGCCCCACCACGCUGUCGGAGGAGCGGGCGCUGCGGGACUGCGCCCUUGACGGCUGCACCUCCCGCAUGCUCAAGCUCCUGGCACUCCGGCAGCUUCCAGACAUCUACCCGGACCUGCUGGGCCUCCAGUGGCGAGACUGUAUCCGGAGACAGCUUGUCUUAACACCAAGACUGCAAAACUGGGCGGUGUUGGGCGAGCCGUUGUCAUCUUCCCGAACUCUUGCCACCUUCCUUCAGUCGAAUUAUUGGAUCCCCAACUUCUUGAGAGUCCUAAGUUCGGGUUGGGCUCGGGUGACUAGAGAACUCGACUCAAGUUCGCCCCAGGAAUCUUCAACCCUGAAAGCUUUUUCUACCCCUGAGUCUGCUCACUGCCUUCUGGGCACAGUCGCGCCGUCCAGCCUGCUGGAGAAGCCUUGGUUCUCUGACUCGAGAUUUGACUUCUUAUCCCGACCCCAGCUCUAA